UUCCCUCACUCCAGAGUCCAGAGGCAAAAACCCUCUCCGCCGUCUCGAGAGCACCGCUGCGGAGGAGGAAAGCCGGGGAGCCGGGGAGGUGGGGGGACGCGGCGGCGGCGCUCUCUCCCGGCCCCCGCUGCGCAUCUUCGCGCGCGGCGUCUCUAGCUCUCCCCCCGGCCCGCCCGGCGCCCAUCUUCGCCUCCGCCGCCAUGUUACUUCGACAAGUGAAUCAAAAAUCAUGGAAUCUUCUGAAGCAACAUAGCCGUCCAGUGUGCCUUCACUUCUCUUCUGAUAGUUCGGCCAAUUCAACGGCUAAUAUUGAUCUUGAUGCUGAAGCUAUCUGUAUGAAUCCUUUGAAGCCUUACUCUAAGUGUUGGUUUUAUGUGCCCCCGUGGAUCAACUUGCCGCCCAUAAAUAAGGAUAAUGAUAUUAAGAAGUUGAUUAGUUCUAAUCCUUCAACAGUAAUGAAAGCUUAUGAGACUAGCAAGUUAGAAAUGUUGUUUGAGAAGAAAGUUCGCUCCUUUCUUGUUUCAAGGUGUAUUCUGGCUUGCGAAUCUAUAAAUGGUCCUGACAUCAAGAAACUGCAUUUUAUGAACAAGAGUAUCAUUGGCCACUUUCCUGUCUAUGUGACCUCUCUCUCUUUGAUGAAGUGUUUGAUCAAACAUCGUGAAGAAUACUGGAUUGCAAUCCUUCAAUCACUUGCAGCAGAGAAGGUGAUGGUAUUACCUGACUGGAAACAAGAAUUAACUCCUAUCGAGGUUUCGUUCUUCGAUCAUGGACUACAGUUGCCAUCCAAGUCUGAAACAUCCCUUGACUUAAUUACUUGCGAACUAGAAUCUGAUGCGUCAUACUACAAGGUCCCAGACAGUGAAGCAACAAAUCCAGACGUAGCAGGAGGACAAGAAGCAGCCAUAACAACUACUGAAGGAUCAGCAUCAGCAGAAGUGGGAAUGGCAACAAUUGCCUCGAUUAUUUGGAACAAUAGAGCGAUUUUAGAAGGCCGAAUUACAUGUGGGCUUCGUUGUGAGGAUUCUGAGCACGCAGAAGCAAUUGGGAUUUUAAGCGGACUUCAACUAGCAAGAAAAUUGAAGAUAAAAAAGAUAGAUGUUGUAACUGAUAAUAUGGAAAUCUAUGAGGUUCUGAUUGGCAGAAAGGAUGUGUUUCAGCACAAGCAUCGUGAUGUUUUGUUGAUGGCUAUUGAAGUAGCUAAAGAAUUCGAUGUUUGUAGGUUUAGGUGGGAACCUCGAGAAUUGCUGUGCCUUGUGAAUGAAAUGGCAAAUGCAACAAGAGAAGAUUACCGGGCAAAAACAUUGAGCUUGAGAAGAAUUUGGGAGGGCAAAGUAGCAUAUUGUCUGUGGAGUUUACCGGUCAUUCGUAUAAACCAAUCAACAAAGAAGAUUGCACUAAAACUAGAAAAAGGCUGGGCUGGGGAGGUUAAUAUGAAGUUGGUUCAAUCAAAAGGGUAUCAUGUGAACGUUCGAGAACAAAUGCUUAAAAUUGAUGCAUUGGAGGGAUUACUUGACAGUCUGGACCCUCCACUGUUAAUUGUAUUAGUAGGAUCAGAAGAGGCUGCAAGUAAAGUCUCACUUGAGCUGAACUGGAGGUUUCGUUCCGUUCUGUUGAGGGGAUCUGGUCAAGUUAGUGGUUCCAUAAGCAAUGCAAAUGGUGACUGCAGUCCUAUUCCAGAGGGUACAGCUCUUGUUCUGAAUAGUGAAACUAAUAUCCCACCAUUUUCUGCACAAAAGGUCCUUCUAGUAGUUUAUGACACGCCAUCAAGUGAACUACAGUUCAGUAAAGAUCAAGAUACCACAGGAGUUAUCACAGUCAGAAUCGUCGCUCCUCACGAGGAAGAUUCUCUUCCAGAUACCUCGACUGAGGUCAAUCCUUUCGUUUUGGGGUUCUUUAACUCAGCUAAAACAAAAGCACACAGGAAGGAAAAGACAUCAAAUAAAUCCUUUGGAGAAAUUUGGUCAACGUGGGAAGAUAGAAAAGGCUGAUGACUCUGUUGUCUUCAAUUCGAUGCCCUUUACAUGCUCUUCAAUAUGCUUGCUUCUUUUUGGGGGGAAUUUUAACUAUUUGCCACUUUUCUGUUUGCUAAUUAUUCAAAUACCCCUUUUAGGUUUGUACUUUAAUCUGUCAUUGGAGAGAGAAGAAUUCUUAAUUUUAUGCUACUUUUGCUUAUGUGGCGGGACAAAUUAGAUUGGCAGC